AUGCGUCGCUCGUCGGCCAUCAUCCUUCUAUCUGUUUUUCUUUUGUCUAUAGCCCUCUACCCAUCACUCGUUCAAGCCGAAGAUGAGGUGGACAAUGUGAACGGAAAAGUGAACACUGGAAAAGGAACCGGAACUGAUCAGGAUACAGUAGCAAGAGAAGAAGAAGCUAUCAAACUCGAUGGACUUUCCGUGGCUGAGGUUAAAAAGCUUCGUGCCGCCGCCGAGAAGCACGAAUUCCAAGCUGAGGUGAAUCGAAUGAUGAAAUUGAUCAUCAACUCCCUUUACCGAAACAAGGAAAUCUUCUUGAGAGAAUUGAUCUCAAAUGCUUCAGAUGCUCUGGAUAAGAUUCGUCUUCUUUCACUCACCGAUCCUGAUCAAUUGCAGGCAACUGAAGAUCUCAGCAUUCGAAUCAAGGCCGACAAAGACAACAAAUUGCUUCAUAUCAUCGAUACUGGAAUCGGAAUGACCAAGAAAGAUAUGAUCAAUAAUCUUGGAACGAUUGCCCGAUCGGGAACUGCCGAAUUCUUGUCGAAACUGAUGGACUCGUCAACAUCUCAAGAACAACAACAGGAUCUGAUUGGACAAUUCGGAGUCGGUUUCUACUCGGCUUUCUUGGUUGCCGAUCGCGUUGUUGUCACAUCAAAAAAUAAUGAUGAUGACCAAUACAUUUGGGAAUCCGAUUCUGCCAGCUACUCAAUCACCAAAGAUCCACGAGGACCUACUCUUAAGCGUGGUACUCAUAUCACUUUAUAUCUGAAAGAGGAAGCUCUCGAUUUCCUUGAGCCAGAAACUGUCAAGAACCUCGUUCACAAAUACUCGCAAUUCAUCAACUUCAACAUCUAUCUCUGGCAAAGCAAGACCGAAACUGUUGAGGAGCCCGUUGAAGAAGAAACCAAAGAAGAUGGAGCUGUCGAAGAAGAAAAAGAAGAGAAAAAGACAAAGAAAGUCGAGAAAACAACAUGGGAUUGGGAGAAAGUGAAUACAGUGAAACCGAUUUGGAUGAGGAAAUCAUCCCAAGUUGAAGAUGAAGAGUACAAUGAAUUCUACAAAAGUGUUACAAAGGAUUCGUCGAAACCCCUUGCCCAUGUGCACUUCAAUGCAGAGGGUGAGGUUUCAUUCAAAGCGAUCCUCUACAUUCCAUCCUCGUCACCAGCUGACAUGUUCCAAAAUUAUGGAAAAGUCAUUGAAAACAUCAAACUCUACGUUCGUCGUGUUUUCAUCACUGACGAUUUCGCUGACAUGAUGCCCAAGUACUUGUCGUUUAUUCGAGGAAUCGUUGACUCGGAUGAUCUCCCAUUGAAUGUCUCUCGUGAAAAUCUUCAACAACACAAACUUUUGAAGGUAAUCAAGAAGAAACUUGUCCGCAAAGUAUUGGACAUGAUCAAGAAAUUGGAAGGAGAGCAAUUUGACAGCUUCUGGAAAGAAUUCUCAACGAAUAUCAAGCUUGGUGUUAUGGAAGAUCCAUCAAACAGAAUUCGAUUGGCGAAAAUCUUGCGAUUCCAGUCAUCAAACGAAGGAGAGAAAUUGACAUCAUUAGCUGAAUAUGUUGAGAGAAUGAAAGAGAAACAAGAGCAUAUCUUCUAUAUGGCGGGAACAUCAAAGAAAGAAGUCGAAACGUCUCCAUUCGUUGAGAGACUUUUGGCUAAAGGAUAUGAGGUGUUGUUCCUGACUGAGGCUGUUGAUGAGUAUUGCAUCCAAGCAAUGCCCGAGUUUGAGGGAAAGAAAUUCCAAAAUGUCGCCAAAGAGGGUAUGAAGAUCGAAGAAGGAGAAAAGGGAGAAGAGACGUUGAAAGAGUUGGAGAAAGAGUUUGAGCCAUUGACGACCUGGUUGAAGGAUCAAGCAUUGAAAGAUCAAAUCGACAAAGCUGUCGUCUCUCGGCGAUUGGUGAAAUCCCCGUCAGCCCUUGUUGCAUCAAACUAUGGAUGGUCUGGCAAUAUGGAGCGAAUCAUGAAAUCUCAAGCCUAUGCCAAAGCCAAAGACCCAACUCAUGACUUUUAUGCAAACCAGAAAAAGACUUUCGAGAUCAACCCACGCCAUCCUGUUGUUAAGGAACUUCUUCGUCGCGUUGAAGCCGAUAAGGAAGAUCAAAAGAGCUUUGACACGGCAAAGCUUCUUUUCGAGACAGCCACAUUGAGAUCCGGCUUUUCUCUCGACGAUCAAAUCGGUUUCGCUGAACGAAUUGAGGCGGUGAUUCGACAGAAUUUGGAUGUGUCCCAUGAUGCUGAGGUGGAUGCCGAGCCUGAACACGAGGAGACAGUCGAAGAGAAGAAACAAGAAGAAGAGGUGAAAGUCGAGGAGGAACACUCGGAACUC